AUGAUCUUCUCCGGUUUAACCCUCGCCGGUACGGCCGUGGUACUAACCGUUAUGAUGCCGGUUUUUGUAGUUCUUACCCCGAUUCUUGUACCGGCGGUUAUCACUUUGAGUUUCUUGGCCACAGGGUUCUUAGCUUCUGGUAGCCUCGGAGCAUCUGCGAUCACCAUCCUCGUCUGGCUCUACAAGAAAGAAGAGCAUUCCAAAUAUACUCUGCAUGUGCGAGAAGUUCAGCAUGAGAGGACUAACAAGCUUCCGGAAGGAGAAAAACCGGUGGCCGAAGUUAAGCCACCGCAAAAGAAUAAGUUGGCGGAGAAAUUAGAAAAGCCGGCGGAGGAAGAUAAGCCACCGGAAAGAAAUAAGUUGGCGGAGGAAUCAUAUAAGCCGCCGGGGAAUGAUAUGGUGGCAGUGACGGAGGAAGAUAAGCCACGAGAAAGAGAUAAAUCGCCGGAAAGAGAUAAGCAGGCGGAGGAAGAUAAGCCGGCAGAGGAAUUGACAUCAAUCCCUGAGGUAACGAACCCAUUUUAUUAA